CAAUAGGAGUUCUUGCGAUCCGCCCGUAAACUUUCUGUAGCCUCUCUGGAUGAUCGCAUUAGCUCACUUUCACGACUGUUACGCGAAACUCGUCCUGGUACCGGUAGUGGGGUUCGUGACAAAGCGGCCUGCCUUCGUUGCCGUUCGAGCCGCUCACGUUGUUUCGCGUCUACGUAAAGUUUCUCGAAAUUUCGACGCCUCGUAUAUGUGACGACCCCGGACGUGUCGAAUUUCGGAUUAUUUUUGUAGUCAACGAAUACCAGCACUGAACAGGUACCGAGGACACCGACAAGAAUUCCAACAACGAUUAGUAGUAUGAUCAGAUAUACUGGUAGCGAAUCCUCAAUUGAAACAGAUGGACUGUUCUGCAUCUGUUGAAUAUUCUGUGGGAGAAGAUCUUGUAGAUCGUCGGUGAAUAACGACCCAUCAUCGGCGUCUACUCUUUUCAAAAAAUAGUUAUUAUUGAGGAUGUUUUCUUUUACUCGAGGAUCCGCGUUGGCUGGCAUACUUUCGAUGACUUUUUCAGUAAGUUUAGGUGAAUUGCCACGUGGUGCAAACACAUUGUUGCCAUAUUUCUUCACUGGUUUCAAAUUUCGACUCAGAUCCUCUUCUUGUAAUGUGGACAGCGAUACUUUAAAUACUUGGAAGCAUCUUGUACUGUUCUUUUCGCAUCCUCGCAAUGGUGAUGCCAACGAAUUCAGGAAAAACAGAACUGAAACAAUUAGAAAUAUUGAUAGUUUACAAAAUUUAUUGACAACUUCAAUAUUCUCUGAACUAUCGACAUCACAUGAUCAUGUUCCCGUUUGUUCCGAUUAUAGCACUCUCUUCUCUUUACACUUUGGGAAACGUGAUAUUUGUCAUUUUACUGGUACCGAUUCGUUUCUGUCCUCUACAUCGAUACAAAAUUGA